GUCGACUGCGCCUAGAAAACGAUGUUCCUACCCACCCACCCAGAAAGCAGACGAGGCCCCCAACAUCCAUUGACCAAAUGAGGACACAGAGACAAGCCCAGCCAUGGUCCUGUCGUCCCAGUCAUUCUCAGCCGCAGAAGGAGGGUUCCGCAAGCUGUCGCAUCAUUUGAUAGGUGGCCUGCGUUAUCACAACCCCGCGCCGAGCUGGGAGAACAUGCGAACUGGCGUCGCUCAGACGCGCAUCUCCCCCGCCGGGCCCAUCACACUCGAAAGUGCACAAUCAUCAACCAACGAACCGAAGCGCAAACACACUCUCUGCCUCCGUUUUGGGGGCCCUGCCAUACCUGAAAUGCAGAAACAUAUCGUGCACCUUUCUUUCGGGGCCCCUUCGCUCGCCAAGAAGCCCAUCCACAUCCGCACAUCCGCAGUCCCCACAGCCAGGAGCCCAAACCCUGCACAAGAUUGCAGCCUGGCGUUGCACCUCACGAUAUCCUACUGCCUUCCCCCUCGUAUAGCCGUGAAGGCGGGCUUGCCCAACCUCAUGUUGCACCUGUCCAACACUACGCGCUCAUAGGUGCCGUUAUACGAGCACAAGCGUACACAGAUGUGUUUACCCACCGGCCCGCGGCCUCCUUGUGUCAGGUGCCACCCUCGCGAAAGCUCAUGACCAGGGCUGCACACGGAGCUCUCCCGGCCCAUCCCCGACGAUGCCGCACCCCGCCCAGCAGAAGAACCUUUUGUGAACAUCCGGUCUAUCCGUGAACCAUACAAUAGUUGCCCGGAUGCACCGUAGGCAGAUGUCGGGCCACGCACUAGAUCCGUCGGCUAGCGCGGCUGUCACAUAGGUUCCCCCCGCAUGGUCCACUGAGUAAUCACCGUCACGCUGGCGUGAUUCCACGCUGCCUAACUGCUGUGCCUGCCUACCACACAUGCCCAGUCCCACGUGGGUCGAGCUGCCCGUCAGCCUGACCCACGCCUACGCAGAAAGUGGUACGCGAGCGUUACGCGGGGCGUAUACCGAAAAUGGCAUAGCAGAGCCUCAGACAAGGAUGCUUCGUUGCGAAUUUUAACUCCCCCCCAAGGCCGAAUGAACCGGGCAGAUGGGCUGGCAUGGCUUCCCAACCACUCCGCGAUGCAUGUGCGCUCCGCAUGCAGGCGGGCGCACGACGCCUGCAGGCUCGCCGACGUAAGCGAGGCUCUACCAGCCAAUGUGCAGCUUCAUCAGCUGCCCUCGGAGCUUGGGAGGCUCCGUCUGACCCCUCGACAGCAAAUCUUCACAGACACAGGCGGCUCUGCUACCUUUACUGGGCAGAAGGCACGACACGAAACGAAGAGGUUGUGUACGAUGGGGCUCGACGGCCAUCUGUAUAUCUCGGCUACCCUCACACCCCACCACCCACCAUUUGGCUCGGCGUAUUUGGAUUGCCCAACCUCGAUAUGUGACGCCUUUUGCCCUCCUCCUUCGGUACUGUGUCAUCCUCGAAAAUUCCCGGCCAUGUUCGCGUUGUUUGCCUAGAACAAAGGAGAUCCGGUCAGCUUGUCUGUCUCUGUGGUCUGGGGCCAAGGAAACGUAGCAUGUCGGACGAGAGACGCAGGUCAGAGGUCAAGACAUAUUUGGCGUAAUCAUGUGUAGGACAACGGGGUCCAGUCAUUUGAAAGCUCUUUCGGUAUUUUUCUCAUCAUAGCGUCAAGUUAAGGGAGCAUAUCAUCGUGAGCCACUUACCAUCUCAAGGAACGAUUGGAUGCAGGAAGACAAUAUGCGCAUCUAGCUCUAGGACUUGCUUGUUAGUUAGCACUUGUAAACAUAGCCGGAGGAAGUUGAGUUAUGAAAUCAGGGUGAUAACGAACUUGAUUUAGCACAUCGAAGAAAAUCACUUCUUGCAAGUAUGCACAUGUAUCAUCGAAUCACCAUAGAGGAUUGUUGGGGUAGAGAUGAGAGAACAGAAUAGUAUAACAUAAUACCGG